CUUCACUAAUACACAUCACCAGCAUUCAAACGGUCUGGUUCACUGAUUCGAACACUCAAGAUGGUUCUCGCUCUUAUUACUCUUGUUGUUUCGGCUUUUUUGAUUCCAGAAGUUCUCGCUGAUCCAUGCGGUGAUUCCAACUGGAGAUAUUUCCCACAAACCAAUUCCUGUUAUAAGCUCAUUGAUGAAAACCUUCCAUGGACAAUUGCCGAGUUCAAGUGCCUCUUCCAAGGUGCUCAUCACGUCUCCAUUGACAGUCCAGAAGAGAAUCAAUUCGUUCACGAAUUGUCUCGUUGGUCUGAGAUUUGGACUGGAGCAGCUUUCUUUGGAAAAGAUCAGCAUUACGUCAACUCUGAUGGUUCUCGUUAUGGAAACUUUGAGAACUGGAAGGACGGAAGAAAACCACCAAUGAACCGUGCUCGUCGUUGCAUCAAGAUGGACGGAAACGGAGAAUGGUUCCAAUCCUGCUGCAAGAAGAAGACUUUCACCAUUUGCGAGAAGAAAGCCGCCUACUCUGCAAGCUCCUACUCUGGAUCCAACAACUCCGUAAAUGGAUUCCGUUUCAUGCGUCACCGCUCUUAAAUGUGCCCAUCAAAUGACAAUUUCGAGCGUUUCGAAAGGAAUGAACCAGAAAAAUCUUCGAAUGAUACUCAUCUGCUAAGCUUUUAGAUGCUUUUGCUAUUUUGCCCCCCUGCCUGCUUACGUGUACAAUUUCUUCUGUUGUAAAUUUUCUUGAAUCAUAAAGAAAUGAAUAAACCUACUUGCAAGUG